AACACACAGCCAGCUGUCGUUGAUCUGUUGUGGUCUUGUUUUCAUUAACUAGCUUAGCCAACCAACUAGCAUGUGCGGCCUACAAUAACAGUGAGACAGGGGAAUCGACUAUGCUAGCUACAUGCCAUAAGUAAUGCUAAUUUUGCAAACUAACGCGUAAAUGUUCCAAUGCAUUGGCAGCAUUGGAGACCUAGGUAACUCGCGCCUGUUGAAGACGUUGGUUCACUUUUCAGCUAGCUAGCUGGACUCUGACCAUUUCUGUGCGUUGAUGUGUGUGAUAGCCAGCGUCCAACGUUAACUAGAGCUAACCAUAACUUUUCAAGUAGUAACAUUAGCUAGCUAGUAGAACAAAACAGCCAUUGUGUGGCUCGUUCAAUCUGGGACUGAUGUCUCGAAGUUUGUCAUGGAGUUGUCAGUCUGGAUUGCUUUUCUUUACAUAGCAAUAAUUUGGUUUUUGGCUAGCUAGCCAACAACCUUGAGUCAAAACACCUUCAGCUAGCUAGUUAAUCUUUUACUUACAACUCGUUUUUAGGCCGACCUAGCUAGUAGCAAGCUAUCUCUAGAAAUACAUGUGCACUAAGUUAUUGCUGUGCAUGCCUUCUAUGCUUUUCAAGAUGACCUUUUACCGCGGUGCACCUGAACAGUGAGUGUCUCCAGUCCACUGGCACUGUUGGGCGCUUGCAAAGUGUCAAGUUGUAUUAGUAGGCAGGGCUAAUCCGUUCGUGAUUCUGGUAUAUCAUCAAAAUAAAUCAAUCGCAGCACGUUUUUGGACUCAUACAGCAGUUUUUACCUGGUUAAGUACAAUACCGUUGGGAACUAGAUGGUAACUUUACAAGUAAAGUUCUGGGGCUUGCUUUAGCUCUUUACAAGUAUUUUGGUGGUAAUGGAAGAAGUUUAAAAAGUUUUACUUUACUAUUUAAAGCAAAGCAGUUACAUAUAGUAAAUGUUAAAUUUAGUAGUUUCAUUACUCUAAUAGACGACUAUAUCAACCUUAUUACUUUGGAUUGUGGGGCAGUUAGAUCACAAAAAUGUCUACACUACAGUAGUUGCGUGUGAACUGAAAGAAGAAAGGACAAAGAGAUCUUCUGUCACAACAUGGGAAUAAAAGGUAGCAAUCGGACCCAGUAGGAGCGAACGCCACCACCAUGUACUCGGAGUGGAGGUCUCUGCACCUGGUGGUGCAGAGCGACCAGGGCCACCUGAGUGUCCUUCACUCGUACCCUCCGGCAGUUGGGCGCGAUGUGGCCAAUGCAGUGGUUAAACCCCUGGGGGUGACCCUGGGCACCCCAUCCACUGACAACCUGCUCAAGACAGACAAAGAGGUGAAGUGGACGAUGGAGGUGCUCUGCUACGGCCUGACCCUUCCUCUGGACGGGGACACGGUCAAGCUGUGUGUGGACGUCUACACGGACUGGAUGAUGGCGCUGGUCACUCCUCGCAACUCCAUCCCCCAGCCCAUCGUCAAGGAGCCCAACUUCUACGUGCAGACCAUCCUCAAACACCUCCACAACCUCUUCAUGCCCAGGCCGGAGCACUACAGCCCCAUGCACUUCCGGCUGUGCCAGCAGGUGCUGACGGCAGUGCUGAAGCUGGCCAGGGAUUCGGGCAGCGGCAUGGCCCGGGAGACCUGGGAGGUGUUGCUGCUCUUCCUGCUACGCAUAAAUGACACUCUGCUAGCCCCGCCCACUGUCGGAGGUGGGAUAGCGGAGAAGCUGGCUGAGAAGCUGAUCAGCGUUCUGUUUGAGGUGUGGUUCAUGGCCUGCACACGCUGCUUCCCCACGCCGCCCUACUGGAAGACGGCCAGGGAGAUGCUGGCCAACUGGAGGCACCACCCGCCCGUGGUGGAGCAGUGGAGCAAGGUCAUUGCUGCCCUCACCUCCAGACUGUUGCGGUUCACCUACGGUCCGUCCUUCCCUCUGUACAAAGUCCCAGAGGAGGAGGCCAACCUCAUCCCUACUGAGAUGGACAAUGACUGUGUGGCUCAGACCUGGUUCCGCUUUCUGCACAUGCUGAGUAACCCGGUGGACCUGAGCAGCCCUUUGACGGUCAGCUCCACGCCAAAGUUCCAGGAGCAGCUGCUGGGGGUGAGCGGCGUACCCCAGGAGGUGAUCCAACAUCACCCCUGUCUCAAGCAACUGCCCCAGAUCUUUUUCAGGGCCAUGAGGGGGGUCAGCUGCCUGGUGGACGCCUUCCUGGGUGUUGGGGUCGCAAAGAGAGAGAUUCGAGAGAAACUGCCCUCUUAUGUUUCUUCUUCUUCGUCCCCAGAAACAGCGCUAGUGUCUCUCUCUCCCUCAGGAGUGACAGUUUCUCCUAGGACCAAUAUACGUGACAGACUUCCCUCUCUAGGUGCCGCCGUGUCUAGGAACAAUUUCCGAGAAAGGCUUCAAUCCAUGCCCUCCUAUGGUAUCUCCCGCCCCCGGUCGGACAGUGCCCCGCCCACCCCUAUCAACAGACUGAGCGUGCCGCCGCCCCCCACCACCACCAACACCACGCCCCCUCACAGCCGCCGCAACAAACCCACGGGGGUCAUCAAGACGGCCAGUAAAACCUCCACAGCGAAUAUGACGCACCAACCCAAAGUGUCCCACCAGCCGUCCUCCACCUCUCCCCUGUCCAGCCCCAACCUGACCAGCUCUGAGCCCCGGCCGCUGCCCGCCCCCACUAGGCCCAAGGUCAACAGUGUCCUCAACCUGUUUGGCCAGUGGCUGUUUGACGCCGCACUGGUGCACUGCAAGCUCCACACGGGCCUGAGCCGAGACAAUAGCUUGACUGCCCUGGCCACUCAGGCGGGUGUAGAGCCGAGGAGGCAGGGCUCCCAGAUGUCCACAGACACCAUGGUGUCCAACCCCAUGUUCGACGCCAACGAGUUCCCCGACAACUAUGAGUCGGGCCGGGCCGAGGCCUGUGGGACCCUCUGCAGGAUCUUCUGCAGCAAGAAGACCGGCGAGGAGAUCCUGCCCGUUUACCUGUCCAGGUUCUACAUGGUUCUGAUCCAGGGCCUCCAGAUCUCCGACUACAUCUGCCGACCGGUCCUAGCCAGCAUCGUCCUCAACUCCUCUGCCCUCUUCUGCUCCGACCUGAAGGGCAUCAACGUGGUGGUCCCCUACUUCAUCUCUGCCCUGGAGAACAUCCUCCCCGACCGAGAGCUGUCAAAGUUUAAGACCUACGUGAACCCUACAGACCUGAGGAGAGCCUCCAUCAACAUCCUGCUGUCCAUGCUGCCUCUGCCACACCACUUUGGCAACGUCAAGUCAGAGGUGCUCUUGGAGGGAAAGUUCAGCAACGACGACAACUCACUGCAUGACAAGGCUGUCUCCUUUGUCUCCCUCAAGCUGCGAUUGGUCAACAUCCUAAUAGGAGCACUACAGACGGAGACAGACCCCACCAACACGCAGAUGAUCCUGGGUGCAAUGCUCAACAUUGUCCAAGACUCCGCUCUCCUGGAGUCCACCUGCGCCCAAGCGGAGGGCAUUGUGGACGGCAGCCACGCGCUGACCAAGAGCCACAGCAGGAACACCAGCGGGGGCAGCUCCGAGGCCACCACCCCCGACAGAGAGAGGCCCACCCAGGCCCUCCUCAGGGACUACGCUCUCCACACAGAUACAGCAGCCGGCCUGCUGAUCCGCAGCAUCCACCUGGUCACCCAGAGGCUCAACUCCCAGUGGAGGCCCGACAUGAGCAUCUCCCUGGCCGCCCUGGAGCUGCUGGCCGGCCUUGCCAAGGUGAAGGCGAGUGUGGAGUCUGCAGACCGUAAACGUGCGAUCAGCUCGGUGUGCGGUUACAUCGUGUACCAGUGCAGCCGGCCGGCCCCCCUCCACUCCAGAGACCUCCACUCUAUGAUCGUGGCAGCCUUCCAGUGCCUGUGUGUGUGGCUGAUAGAACACCCUGACAUGCUCAAUGAAAAGGACUGUUUGAUAGAGGUCCUGGAGAUCGUGGAGCUGGGCAUAUCGGGCAGCAAGUCCAAGACGGGUGACCAGGAAGUGAGGUACAAAGGGGACAAGGAGCACAACCCGGCCUCCAUGAGGGUGAAGGAUGCUGCUGAGGCCACCCUGUCAUGUAUAAUGCAAGUCCUGGGGGCGUUCCCGUCGCCUAGCGGCCCCGCCUCCCCCUGCAGCCUGCUGAACGAAGACACCCUGAUCAAGUACUCCAGGCUGACCUCCACCAACCACAAGAACUUCCGAUACUUUGUCCUGGACAACUCUGUCAUCCUGGCCAUGCUGGAGCAGCCGCUGGGCAAUGAACAAACAGAUUCCUGUCCGUCCGUGACCAUGUUGAUCAGGGGGAUGUCUGGGAGACACGCCUGGACCAUGCAGCUCUUCCAUCAGCCCAGGGAGGCCCGCGCCAGCCACAAGCAGGUGUUUGUCCCAGAGAGCCGGCCCACUCCCAAAAAUGACGUGGGGAUCCGGUUCAACGUCAAACACAGACCCUUCCCUGAAGAAGUGGACAAAAUUCCAUUUGUGAAAGCGGACCUGAGCAUUCCGGACCUGCACGAUAUCAUAGAUAAGGAGCUGGAGAUGCAGCACACCAAGCUGUGGGGUGUGAUGGCCAAGCAGAUUGAGUAUGAAACAACACUGGAGCAUGGCAGCGAGGAGCGCUGGUGCAACAAGAGCUUCCCAGACCCGCUGACAGACUGCAAGCCCCCACCGCCCUCAGAAGAGUUCCAGACCGCCCGCCUUUUCCUGUCGCACUUUGGUUUCCUGUCGCUGGAGGCACUCAAGGAGCCCGGCAACAGUCGCCUACCUCCCCACCUGAUUGCACUGGACUCUGGGUUGCCGGGCUUCUUUGAUGACAUGAGCUACCUGGACCUGCUGCCCUGUCGGCCCUGUGACACAGUCUUCCUCUUCUACAUGAAGGCUGGCCAGAAGAGCAGCCAGGAGAUCCUGAGGAACGUGGAGUCUAGCUCCAACGUGCAGCACCACUUCCUGGAGUUCCUGCUGUCGCUGGGCUGGCCCGUGGAGGUGGGGCAGCACCCGGGCUGGACGGGCAGUGUCUACACCAGCUGGUCCAUCAACAACAACAACAGCAACAAUAACAGAGACAGUAGCCCACCAGAUGACGUGGUCACCCUGGGAGACACGGGCGGGGGCGUGUUCAACGGAGAGAAGGGGGUGCUGUACUAUGCAGACGCCUUGACCGAAAUCGCCUUUGUCGUUCCCUCGCUCACAGAGUCCUCCGCAGAGUGGUCAGAGAACAGUUUCCCCACGGGAGACCCAGACUCUCAGAUGGACCUGCUGCCCAGCCUGCUGAAACAGUCCAACCUCACACUGGACCUCUUCCCCAACCACUCAGACAAUGUGGCCCCUGCGCAGAGGAGUCCCACAGUGAAGUCUAAAAAGAUGCCAUCUGGCAGGACUAUCCCUCCAAUGGGGCCCGAGACCAAAGUACUGGUAGUCUGGGUGGAGCGCUACGACGAUAUUGAUAACUUUCCCCUGGCCGACCUGCUGGUAGAGACGAGCACUGGAGUGGAGACCACAGCCAACAGUAGCACCUCCACAAGGCCCACAUCGUCAGGUCAGGACGUGCAGGUGAUCUUCAUCCACCCUCUGAGGACCGGACUGUUCCGGAUCCGCCUGCACGGGGCCCUGGGCAAGUUCAGCAUGGUCGUCCCCCUGGUGGACGGCAUGGUGGUCAGCAGAAGGUCACUAGGGUUCCUGGUGAGACAGACGGUGAUCAACGCGUGCCGGCGAAAGCGGCUGGAGAGUGACUCGUACAACCCGCCGCACGUGCGUCGGAAACAGAAGAUCGCUGAGGUGGUGAACCGGUACCGCAACAAGCAGUUGGAGCCUGAGUUCUACACCGCCCUCUUCCAGGAGGUCGAAGAGAGCAGCCUCAACCCCUGAAUCCACCCCCCGGUGAACUUUGACCUUUCACCUCGCUCCCGAGACUGAGAGACUGUCACAAAUAUUCUAUAUUUAUAACAAAUAUUUUUCCUCUCUUUACUUUUGUUAUGUAUAUUAUCAGCACUUGGCCACGUUGCAAUUCGACUUGAGGUCAACAAUUUAUUUUAUUUCUAUGCUGACUCACCGCAGCCACGGCACCUGAACAUCUUCGUUUUUUCUAUCUAGACUCCACAGGAGGCUGGUGGCACCUUAACUGGGGAGAACAGGCUCGUGGUAAUGGCUGGAGCGGAACAGGUGGAAUGGUA